AUGUCUUACGUAGAUGAUAGUGACACAUAUGAAGAGGAGAUCGAUGAUAUGCCUGAGGACAUUGACAGCGAAUUCGAGACAGUGGAAGACUACGACCCGUUGGAAACUUCGUUAAUGAUGGGGGCCCAUUUUCAACAACUUGUAAACAUUUACGAAAGUUCGUCGUCCGCAUUUCCCCCAUUAAGAAGAAUCCCCUACCAAGAAUCCACCUACUCAGGUAAAUUCUACGUGGUGGACUCCGGAUAUGCACACAUUUUGGGUUUCAUGACACAAUAUCGUGGUGAAAGAUAUCAUCUUCCGGAGUGGUUGGGGUCUAACCAAUUGUCUGGCAAUGCUCGUGAGUUGUUUAACAGACGACAUGCCACUGUCCGUAAUGUUAUCGAAAGCAGCUUUUGUUUGCUAAAAGGGAAGUUUCUAAUGAUAAAGGGGUUGAUGCCAAACUACAAAGUUCACUCCCAAACCGACAUAGUAAUAGCAUGUUGUGUCCUACACAAUUUUAUACGGAUGCAUGAACCGCUCGGAAACAUGCCACCUGAAUUCAGCAACCCAAAAUACGUACAACGACAUGAUCCAACUGAUCGGACUUUCCCUUUUAUGUCGAGUAAUAACUCCAACGUCGGCGCUGGUGAGCACUGUGUGUUGCAUGACACGAUAGCCCAAGCGCUAUGGGCGAACCGAAGAUAA